UCUCUGCAGGAAGUUACAGAAGUACUCAGAUUUCUGGGUUUAUUGUGUCUAUUUUUUAUGCCCAUGUGGGCAGCAGUUGUUCCUGAACAGUCUGGAUUCUGCAACCAGAGGCUGAAACAAGGCAUCAUGAAGCUGGAGAUUCCAGAAACUUUUGAAGAUGUUGCUGUUGACUUCUCUAUGGAAGAAUGGAAGAUGCUGACAAAAUGGGACAAACUGCUUUACCAGGAGGUGAUGGUGCAGAACUUUGAUCACAUGGUGUCUAUAGGAUAUGAUAUACCACUAGAACAACUGUUAUCAUAUAUUGAAAAACCCAUUGAACUUCCAUUUCAUGAGAAGGUAGAAGAUAUGAUGGUGCUUCAGACAGAUCUUCCUGAAGUCCCACUAAGCAUCAACAGGUGCGUGAAUCCCAUUGAGCUUCAAAGUAAUCAGUUAUCAAUUCAGAAUCAUCUCAACUCUAAAUAUGACUGUACAGAUACAAUACAAGCACACGUUGAAGAGAAAAUGUAUAAAAAUGCCAUGCAUGUCAGUAGUUUUGCAUUUAAACCUGCAAUUAAACUACAACAGAGAAUUCACACUGGAGAUAAACUCUAUAAAUGUUAUAUAUGUAACGAAAUAUUUAUACAUAAGAGGACCCUUUCGGCACACAAAAAAAUACACACCAUCGAGAAACCUUAUAAAUGUGCAUUGUGUGACAAGAGUUUUGCAAGGAAGUAUAAUGCUUUAACCCAUGGAAAAGUACAUUCUGGAGAGAAGCCAUAUAAAUGUGCUGUGUGUGGGAAAAGUUUCAAAUGGAAGAAUAACCUCCUAGCACAUCAGAAUAUGCACUUGGAAGAGAAACCAUAUAAAUGCACCACAUGUGGCAAGACUUUUAUACAAAAGGGUGCCCUUUCCUUUCAUGAAAAAAUUCACUCUGGAGAGAAACCGUACAAAUGUUUUACUUGUGGUAAGAGUUUUACACAGAAAUUUUCCCUUUCAACACAUGAGAAAAUACAUACUGGAGUUAAAUCAUACAGAUGUGCUACAUGUGGCAAGAGUUUUACACUGAAGUCUACUCUUUCAAAACAUGAGAAACUGCAUAUAAAGAAGCCGUAUACAUGUGCCAGAUGUGACAGGAAUUUUACAGACCAGACUGAACUUUCAGCACAUGAGAAAAUACACACUGAAGAAAAACCUUAUACAUGCAUCACUUGUGACAAGAAAUUUGGAAGGAAGCAUCACCUUUUAGCACAUGAGAAAAUACAUGUAGAAAAGCCAUCUAAAUGCGUCACUUGUGAUAAGAACUUUCCAUCAAGGACUAGUCUUUCAGCACAUGAGAAUAUGCACAACAGAGAAAAGCCAUAUAAAUGUAACAAAUGUGACAAGAGUUAUGCACUGAAAGCUACCCUUAAAAAUCAUCAGAAAGUGCACACGGGUGAAAAACCAUAUAGCUGUGCUAUUUGUGACAAGAGAUUUCCAAAUAGGUCUAAUCUUUUUAUGCAUGAGAAAGUACAUGCAACAGAGAAACCACAUAAAUGUUCCACAUGUGGCAAGAGCUUUAAAUGUAAGAGUCAUCUCUCAACACACGAAAAAAUACACACUGGAGAGAAACCACAUAAAUGUGCAACAUGUGGCAAGUGUUUUACUCUAAAGUUCAUCCUUUCAGCUCACGAGAGAAUACAUACCGGAGAGAAACCAUAUACAUGUUCCACAUGUGGCAAGAGUUUUACAUAUAAGAAUUCCCUUUCAAAACAUGAGAAAAUUCACAGUGGAGAGAAACCACACAAAUGUGCUACAUGUGGCAAGAGUUUUACACUAAAGUUUAACCUUUCAGCUCAUGAGAGAAUACACAGUGGAGAGAAACCAUAUACAUGUUCCACAUGUGGCAAGAGUUUUACACAUAAGCAUUCCCUUUCAAAACAUGAGAUAACUCACAGUGGAGAGAAACCAUACAAAUGUGCUACGUGUGGCAAGGGUUUUACAGUAAAGUUUAACCUUUCAGCUCACGAGACAGUACACACUGGUGAGAAAAGAUACACAUGUUCCACCUGUGGGAAAAGUUUUACAUUAAAGCAUUCCCUUUCAAAACAUGAGAAAAUUCACAGCAGAGAGAAACCACACAAAUGUGCUACAUGUGACAAGAGUUUUACACUAAAAGCUACCCUUUUAACACAUGAGAAAAUACAUACUAAAACUAAGUUUCCUCCCAGUUCUAAUUGGAUUGUCUGACUAGAACCAAAAAAUGUUGGAUUAUUUGGAUAUAAAGACAAGAAAAAUGUCUCAUGCUUCUAAAAUGAUAUACAAUAUUGCUGAAUAUAAUUUUAUAUAUGGCUCAGUCUGAAGGUGGCACAGAUGUCCUUGCACUUAUAACUGCAUGUACAAUUCUACCCUUGAUGGACUGCAUACAUACUUGACAUCAACAAAUCCAUACAUAAGCAAAAUUUUAAAUCAUGAAGGAAUGAAAUCUAAGAUCACAUCUGUGCUGAAAUUAGGAAAAAAGCAUUUCGGGAGUAGGUAUGUAUAUCAACCCAGAAGUGGGCAAAAAAGGUAGCAACAGAAAGUGCUAAAAAGAAAAGAAAUAACGUAAAAACCUUGACCAGAAAGAAAGUUAUUGAAAGCCCACAUUUUUUGUGGAAUGUACAGAAAAUGGCUGCAACAACCAGAUGUUGAUCAAUGUUUGAUUAAAAUGAUUAAGAAGAGAUGAAUGUCAACCAAAAAAUGAAAGGCUAAUUGCAUCUCAAAUCAGUGGACUAUAUACAUGCUGGGUCACACAGUCUGUAAAACGGUGAGAGGUACAGACAGAUGUUGAUUGUAUAGUACAGAGCUAGAAAAGGCUACACAUCUUGUGGACUAUGAUGUACUCAUGGCCGAGGGGUUUAUACUGAACAGUAGUAUAGGUGGCAAGUUUGUUAUACUAGUGAGUAUGGGUGCUGGUAUAAUGGUUACGCUGUUUACUUCAUAGGCCUAAGGUACAGGGUUUGAUUCUCACCUUUGAAUAGGAAACUGGCUAGGCUUAAAAUAGCCCAGAAGGGCAGCUAGCCUAGUACUUACCUAUGAACCUAACAAGCAGCCGAGACACACUGGAAAAAUGAACUACAAAACUUUCUAAAAUGAAAAAAAAUGAUCACAUGUGAUCUUGCAAUAUCAGAAGUUACGAAAGUGGAAGAAAAAAAGAAAUAUUGUAGUUGAAGAAAAAAAGGACACAUGCAGGAUUACUUAUUGAAAUAGCUUCACCUAGCAACUGUAGUGUCCUGCUCAUUGAAAGACAUGAAGUUAUAAAAUAUCAAAACCUGCAAGCAAAAACUUUACCAAUGCAGGAGAAGGACAAUCUGACAGUUCUAUUACUAGCAGAAGCAACUGGGCUAAUCCGAAAGAACUUCUAAGCAUUCUUAAAAUUGUCAGCAGUACAGGAAACCCAUAAGGAGGCCAUUUUGGGUACUUUGCAGUUGCUGAAAAGCUCAUGCCUGUCCAGCCUCCAAGACUGAAGAAAAACUGAUUCAAUGAACUAUAGUUAUGCCUUUCUUAGGGAUUGGUUACACUGCUCUCACAAUACUAAAAACACCAGACAUUUGGAGAAAGUAAAAAAAAAAAAAGAAACCAUAUAAUUGUUCCACUUGUGGAAACCAUAUAAAUGAUUUACUUGUUCAUAGGUGUGUACUAGGCUAAUGGCCCUGGAGCCUAUAUAAGCCUGGCCAAAGAAGAUUCCCUGGCAUAAUGCCGCCCAAAGUUAGUUCUCAGUGCACCUGUCAGGCAAGGUCACUGAAGUGAUCUCUGGGGUGAACUUCCUAUUGCCUUGUGAAAGGAAUUGACAUACAAGUCUCACAUUUCUGAACAUUAGAAAAUGCACAUUGGAUGGUCCAAAUAGAGAAAUGGAAUGAGUGCAAAAAAGGAACUUAAUUCAUACUCAGGCUUUUGUAUCUUCAUCAAUAGACUCCAUUGUUUAAUAAAUCUCAGCAAGACAAAAAUGUAUAUUAAAAAAUAUAUAGACUGUUCUAUAUAUCAUGAAAAGUAUAAUAGAACUGGAAGCUGGAUACACUUUUUCCAGGCUAAAAAAAUUACACUGGUUAAAAAACGUGCCCAGUCCUAACGUAGGCACUGGGCCAAGGCUUCUAAAGCAAGCUGUAUAAAUUCCUCUAUAACAGAAAUCUUACCACAGUAUUAUGUCUGGAACUUGGUGACCCCUGUGUGAUAAAAUAAGACAUUAGUCCACAAAGCAUUAACAAAACUGAAUAGACCGAUAAGAAGUUUAGAAAACAGGCAGACAGAGUCUUAAAAAAUGUCAAGAAUUAUAGACAAUAAUUUAUGAGCUUCAACCAAAUUAAAGCAACAGUAUGUACACCGAGGGUGAGCUAUGGAAAGUUGAAAUAGAAGUGAUGAGAGAAGGAACACAUCAGGAAAAAUGAAAUGGAAAAAAGAAGAGAAAUUUAAUAUAGUGUGGUAUAUAUACAGAAAGGAAUGUUGUACCAACGGAUACAUCAACUUUUUAAAUAUAUUUUAAGAUCUGACUGUUUGUGUGUGUGUGUGUGUGUGUGUGUGUGUGUGUGUGUGUGUGUGUGUGUGUGUGUGUGUGUGUGUGUGUGUGUGUGUGUACUCAGGAUGGCACAGAUUACAAAAGAACAUUUGACAUCGUGCCAUAUUCCUGGAUUGUGGAAUGCUUAAAAUAUAUGGCACAUUGAUGCAUUACACUAUAAUUAUAUGAAAUAUGGCAUACUGUUUUACAGUUGAGCAGCAAAUUACUAUACCAUUUGUAAGAGUGUAAUGAGAAAUGUUUUUGUGUCAUUUUAUCUUACUAACUUUUGGUGUUUUGUCUUUCCCUCACCCAGUUAAGUUGGUUACUUAGCAGGGUGGGGUUUUGGAUACACCUUGAGGUCAAGAAAACAUUUCUGUGAAUUGACACCUUCAUUCUUUAUGAUGAUGACCUAAACUGUCUAAUACAUCAGAAAAAAAGUCUAGCAUGACAAGUUUUUACAACCUUUUCAGUAAAAAUAAGAAUGACCUUGCUGAAUGUACAAAAGUGUUAUUUAGUACAAGAAACAUUUAAACCUCAAGUAAAUAUCAACCUGGUUAAAUAAUGUGAUAUAAAGUACUACAAAAAGAAAUAGAGUGUUACUGUUUAGUAAUGGAUUACAGUUUGAAAAAAAAACGAGAACCGUGAUUAGUAAGGAAUACUCUAGAAGCUCAGAGCUUAUAUUGAAAACUGCUGUGACAUCUAGGAAUAAAGUUCAAACUAUAUAACCAUUUGUUUUUAUAAUAUACCUUUGGAACAACGGACUUGUUUCAGAAAGUAUUGGACAGAAAAACACGAACAUGUUGAAAGUUUGCUUUAUGUUGUUGUUCUUUCAGCUUUUCCCGGUUAGGGGUCGCCACAGUGGAACUCCGGUCCACUAAUGAUUGGCAGUAGAUUCUUACUGUGUCGUGGUGCCCGCUCA